AUGUUAUUUGUCCGAGAAAAUACAAAUAUCCCCAUUCCACGGGUCUUCGCUCUCUACUCAGACCCGGAAACCAGCAAAAAUUACAUCGUUAUAGAGCGCAUCAUCGGUCAAACGCUUCUUUCAGCGUGGCCUCAACUUUCGACACUGGAGAAACAACGUAUCACGAGCGACUUGCGGAGAUAUUGGGAUGACCUACGUCCGCUUCCAUCACCCGAGUACUACGGCAGUGUUGGUAAACGGCCACUUCUGGACGAGAUAUUUUGGACGCCGCAACCAGAUCCCUUGAUUAAUGGUCCCUUUGGAUCUAUAGAGGAUCUUAACGAGGCAAUGAUACGAAAGUACGCCUACAACGGGGGUUCUACCUAUAGAGCCGAAUAUCUUAGGAAAUGCUUUCCUUUAGUUUUCAACGAUCCUAAAGCGGCAUUUACCCACGGUGAUCUACAACGGAAAAAUAUCAUGAUUCGCGAGAAGCGUCAAGGUAGUGACGAAGUAAGCCUUGUACUUAUUGAUUGGGAAAAGUCUGGGUGGUAUCCACGGUAUUGGGAAUAUUGCCUGGCUGUUUGUGCUUUGCGGUGGGAUGAUGACUGGUCUCUUUGGAUUGAUCGUAUUAUAACGCCGUUUGUCGCUGAGGCUGCGUGGUUACAGGCGCUGCGUCUGGAGUUGUGGUCAUAG